AUGUCACUUAUUGUAAGAUCUGUGGAUUAUUUAACAACUCUAAAAGUUGAAGAACACUUUCUAGGUUUCUUAAAAGUGGAAGAAACCACUGGACUAGGACUUUUUGAGGAGCUGAAAAACCUUUUGGAGAAGCUUAAGAUUGAUUUUGAUGAUAUCAGAGGACAAGGUCUUAAUCUUAUGCUUCUGGAUAUGGCUAAAUCAUGUCCUAAAGCAGAAUCAUUUUUCAGUGUUAUGCAGCGGAUAUACAAGUUGUUUUCAAAAUCUACAAAACGUUGGCAAGUAUUUAAAAAACAUGUGACUGGUUUCACUGUUAAGCCGUUAUCGGAUACUCGAUGGGAAAGUCAUAUAGAGAGUGUUAAAGCAAUACGAUUCCAACUUCCUAAAAUAUGGGAUGCUUUGCUAGAGUUGUCGGAAUCUAUUGAAUUUAGUGCGAAAACAAGGGGAGAAGCUGAUUCGUUAUUGACACGCGAGAUCGAUAAUUUUGAAUUUAUAUUUGGCAUGGUUGUUUGGCAUCAUUUUCUGCUUGCAGUCAACUCCGUCAGCAAAUUGUUACAAAAAGAGGAUAUGCAUCUUGAUAUUGCCAUUGACCGAGUAAAUGAUCUACUUUCUUUUUUUGUAAAGUGCAGGGAUACUGGAUUCGAAGAGUUAUUGGAAGAAGCUACUAAGUUGGCAGCAACAAUUGGUAUAGAACCUACUUUCUAUGAGCCACGAAUCAUUCGAAAGAGAAAACAUUUUGACGACAUUAUGACCGAAGAAGAAGCACCAUUAUCAGGUAAGCGAUCUUUUGAAGUUAACUAUUUUAAUUAUAUAGUAGACCAAGCUAGAUUCUCACUGGCUAGUAGGUUUGAACAAUUUCAUGAGUUCAAUGAAGUUUUUGGGUUCUUAUUUCAAGUAAAGAAGUUACACUCUCUUGAUGAUAGCACUUUAAAGGCGUGUUGUAUCAAGCUUCAAAAUUACCUAAAGCAUGGCAUGAGUUCCGAUAUUGAUGGACAUGACUUGUAUGCUGAACUGAAAGUUCUAAAAAGUUAUUUGCCGGAAGAGACUGAAAGGGCAAUUGAAGUGUUGAAUUUUUUGAAAGAUAUGGAAGGUUGCUACCCGAAUGCAGAAAUCGCAUACAGGAUUUUAUUGACAAUUCCAGUUACAGUUGCCUCUGCAGAAAGAAGUUUUUCAAAGUUGAAGCUGAUCAAGUCUUAUCUGCGAUCGACAAUGUCACAAGAAAGAUUGAAUGACUUAGCAAUGUUAUCUAUCGAGGUUGAUAUGGUGAAGAACAUUGAUUACGAUGCCAUAAUUGAUGAGUUUGUAUCGAGGAAGCGAAGAAGGUCAUUUUUUAGUAGACUAGCUACUUUUAUGUAG